CCUUGGCAUUUGGAGUGCGGGCACUGCGAAUCUGCUCCUCUUUGACGCGGGUGUGUGGAACUUUGGAGUGCGACUCCCCUUGGACGCGAUGAACCGCAAAGCUGCACUGUCAAAGUCGUACUUGACCUUCGCCCUAGGCGCCGGCUGCUGCUUCCAGUUGUGGCAUGCCUUUGGUGCUGAGAUGUAUGGGCGAUACAUCUUGCUAAUCUUCAGCCUCGCAGUCAUGGGGCCCUGGGCCAAACGUUUCUUGCCCUUGGAGCUGGCAAGGAGCUAUUUCUGGGCAGAGGCAGAUAAAGCCAGUGAAAGCGAGUUCAUUGAAAUGAUCCAAACAGUCUCCGCAGGAUCCUGA